AUGGAAGAUUCCCAAGUGAAGGUAUACGGCAAUUGGGCUAGCGCCUAUGUGUACAGGGUGACAUGGGCACUCAAGAUGAAGAAGAUAGAGUACGAGUACAUAGAAGAGGACCUGUCCAAUAAGAGCCCGUCACUUUUGGAGUACAACCCGGUUCACAAGAAGGUGCCGGUCCUCGUCCACGGCGGGCGGCCGGUGGCUGAGUCGGACGUGAUACUCGAGUACAUUGAGGAGGCAUGGCCCGAUCGUGGGCCCGCUUUACUUCCGGAGGAUCCUUACGAGAGGGCCACGGCACGAUUUUGGAUCGAUUUUGGUCGACAAAAG